AUGAAUACCAAACAAACGCAUCAGACAUCUGCAAACCUGCAAAUAAACGUGGCAGAACCGAUAAUUUUCUUUCGUGGUGGACCGCAAGAAGCGGUCGGGUGUAUGUUGAGAGGAGAGUUGGUGUUAACGCUGGCAAAACCAACAAAGAUAAAAAAGAUUGAUAUGCAGUUUGUGGGAAAGAGUAAAACUUUUUGGCCGAAAGGGAUCGGAAAGAAUCGAAGCGAAUUACAAGACAUUCAGGAAAUUGUUUCUUAUCAAUGGUCAUAUCUUGACUCAAUUUCUGAUCCAACUGUUUCAUCUGAUUCUACCGCAUCAUCAUCUUCUACAGCAUCACCGAUUUCCACUUCAUCUAAAUUCAAGAUUUUUUCCACAUCAUCAAAUUCUUCGUCGAACAACAAUUCAAGUUCACAAUUGCUUCAAGCUGGCACACACACAUAUACAUUCUCAUUAUUCUUACCGGGCACACUCCCGGAGACGAUAGAACUUCCAUUAGGAACUUUAAGCUAUAAAUUAACCGCAGUAGUUGGUCGCAGUAGUCCACUACUACCGAAUCUGAAAGCUAGACGGCAGAUUACUAUAAUUCGAGCUAUGCCGGAUCACGAAACUACCGGAGGAGGGCUAGGAAUAGCACGUGAUGUAAAGGAUUUGUUUUCAUAUGAGAUAUCAUUGCAACAAAAAGCGUAUCCAAUUGGUGGGUGUAUAAAAGAUUUGGAAUUUAAACUAUUCCCAUUAAAUAAUAAAUUACGUUUUCAUGCAAUACAAGUUCAAUUAAUCGAAAGGACAUUAUAUCGUGCACGAGGAAUUAAAAAUGCAGAAUCUCGAAUUGUGUUUGUUCAACGAUCAGAAGAUAUUGGCGAAACAAAAGUAGACGAAUUAGAAUCUAGAGAAAAUAAAUCUUUGUCAGUAAGACGUGAUAGUAAUCAAAGUAUAUCAAAUUCUGGAGGCGGUGGUGAUGGUCGAGAAGGCAGUGCUGAUGAUAAUAGUAAUUUUGCAAGCUCUUCCGUAUCGAUAUCUUCAGUUUCAAGAGCUAAUGAAAGUCGGUUCCCAUGGAGCAGAUCAAACAGUAAAACUGAUAACGAAUUAGAAGAAAUUCUAGAGUCUGACACGAUCACUGAUUUCGGAAGAAUGUAUUAUCACAAAAUAUUCGAUUUCCAGAUACCAAAGUGUAAUGCUCCUCUACAUCCAUCUUGUAUUUCAGAAACAAUCAAAGUUAUACAUCUACUAAAACUCACGAUCACUGUCACAGUAUCACGCGAACGACUAGACGUGAAAAUCGAGAAUCCACUGAGUAUACUUUCUUGUCGAUGUUCAGAAAGUGUUCAUGUGACUUUACCAAUAUAUGAUAACGAUUCAUAUUUGUGUCCUUGUGAUCCGGCGUACCAAGAGACAGCGAGUUUAAGUUUAUCGAGUAUCAACAAUAAAAACAAUCCUAAUAUGACUUUAAAUGGCGCAUCGGAUAUAUUAAAAGAACUUUCAGCAAUAAGGAGCGAUUCACAACAUCAUCAAUUGACGAAUAGCUCGUUGAUAAUGCCCUAUUAUCAUAAUCAUCCGCCUCCAAGCUACAAAGAUUCAAUAAUGAUGAGCAGUCAUGGCUUGUCACCACAAAGUGUUGAUGACAGAAGUUAUCUUGACAGCAUUGGUAGUAAUAGUAGUUUACCUCCAAUGUCACCGAUUUCUGGGCCGGGACUUAGUAGUAGAAAAGCAAUGAAAUUACCGUCUCCACCUACUUAUACUGCCACUAGUAUUGAUGCUGAUGUUGCUAUCGCGGACUUCUUUAUCGAACUCGGUAAAGCAAUAACAUUUGGUUUGCUUUUCCACUCUAAAAUCUCUGUUGCAGAGGGAUUGCUUCUUAGCGUUGGUAGUCGUUCCACACCGAACACUCUGAACGUCGAAGAAUUGCAUAUUGCGCAUUUGCAGCAACUACUUUGGCCUCUUAUCAUAGCACGACCCGGUGAAAUCGAAACCCUGAACCAAGGCCAUCUAAUUGCUGGUGGAUAUCUUUCAACUCAUUACCGAGCAAUGGUCAGCGUUCAAGUGUUUCAGAACAUUGGAACCCGCGUAAAGUCAUUGCCUGAAAACCUCUUGUAG